CAACAUAUUUUUGGCGACUCCGCUGGGGAAAAGAAUCAAUCGGCUGCCAUGGCCGGUAAAAUUCCUAAACCUAGUGAUGUUGAUGCCGCCAACAUCCAAAGGCCGACUGUUCAGCAACUUUCGGCCGAACAACAGAAGGCUCUUGAUGACAUCCAGAAGAAGAUCAGAGAGGAGAAGGAGAAGGAGAUCCAGAAGCUGGAGGAAGAAGCCAUGAAGCAGUACAUCUCACACUUCUCCAUCGACCGACAAGGGAAGGUCACGACGGAUGCCGGCUUCGAUGCUUCACAGUUUGAGGAAGCUCCAGCAAAGAAGGUCCCUGAAGAUUCAUUGAAGAAUUCAACGCUCGGGGGGCAAGAACAGAAGAAGGGCGCCAGGUCUGCUCAGACCGGUCUGACCGGUCUGGAGACCGGUCUGACCGGUCGAUCUGGAAUUUUUGGAAAGAAUUCCAGAAACAAGAAAGAAAAAGAAAGGCCGAGUUUUAAAGAACUCUUGGCCAAAUAUGAGAAGAAAGGAGUCGUCCAGAGGCAGAGGGAACGGCCGGACAAAGUCAAGGAUACAAAUCCGUCAUCGUCUCAAGAGCAAUCGAGUUUGAGCCAAGGUAAUUCAUUUAAUGGACCGAUUGCUCCAUGAUA